AUGAUUCAGGCUGUGAGUCACAUGAACGGCUUCCCUGCUAAGAUAGGAUUUCUUUUCAACUACAUUACCUUUUUCUGGCUUUACUGCCUUCUGGCCGAUCUAUCUAAUUCAUAUCUAUUUAAUACUGUUCAUUUACAUCUAUCUGUCUGUUUAUCUAAUUUAUAUGUAUUUAAUACUGUUUAUCUAUCUAUCUAUCUAUCUAUCUAUCUAUCUAUCUAUCUAAAUAUCUAUCUAUCUGUCUUUACAUCUAUCUAUCUAUCUAUCUAUCUAUCUAUCUAUCUAUCUAUCUAUCUAUCUAUCUAUCUAUCUAAUUCAUAUCUAUUUAAUACUGUUCACUUACAUCUAUCUAUCUGUCUAUCUAAUUCAUAUGUAUUUAAUACUAUUCAUUUACAUCUAUCUAUCUAUCUAUCUAUCUAUCUAUCUAUCUAUCUAAUUUAUAUCUAUUUAUCUACUUUAUAUCUAUUUAAUACUGUACACUUACAUCUAUCUAUCUAUCUAUCUAUCUAUCUAUCUGCAUACGAUAUUAAAUAUGCAUUUGAUUCUCAAAUAGUGUCCAGUCAUUCUCUCCUCCUUCCACUCUUCAUCUUCCUCCUAAUUUAUCUCCCUCUCACGCAAUCUUUUGUUUCCUCUCUACCGAUUACCAUGUCUUUCAUUCCUCUUUUCACUAUCCUCUCUCCUCUUUUGUUCAUCUCAAACAGUUUUGCUUUCUCUCUUCCAAUUGUCACAUAUAUCACCCUCUUUUCACUCUUUUCUCUUCCUCCUGCGUUUUUCACACUCUCACACAUUCUUUUGUUUCCUCUCUUUCAAUUACCAUGUCGUUCCUUCCUCGUUUCACGACUCUCUUUUCCUUCUACUUUUUCUUCCUCUCAAAUAUUCUUUUCUUCCCUCUCUUCCGAUUACCAUGUCUGUCUCUCCACCUAUCAAAAUUCUCACUUCCCCCUAAUUUUUCUUCCUCUCACUCAUUCUUUUGUUUCCUCUCUUUCAAUUACCAUGUCGUUCCUUCCUCGUUUCACGACUCUCUUUUCCUUCUACUUUUUCUUCCUCUCAAAUAUUCUUUUCUUCCCUCUCUUCCGAUUACCAAGUCUGUCUCUCCACCUAUCAAAAUUCUCACUUCCUCCUAAUUUAUCUUCCUCUCACUCAUUCUAUUGUUUCCUCUCUUUCAAUUACCAUGUCGUCCCUUCCUCGUUUCAAUACGACUCUCUUUUCCUUCUACUUUUUCUUCCUCUCAAAUAUUCUUUUUCUUCCCUCUUCCGAUUACCAUGUCUGUCUCUCCACCAAUCAAAAUUCUCACUUCCUCCUAAUUUAUCUUCAUCUCACUCAUUCUAUUGUUUCCUCUCUUUCAAUUACCAUGUCGUCCCUUCCUCGUUUCACGACUCUCUUUUCCUUCUACUUUUCUUCCUCUCAAAUAUUCUUUUCUUCCCCUCUCUUCGAUUACCAUGUCUGUCUCUCCACCUAUCAAAAUUCUCACUUCCCACUAAUUUAUCUUCCUCUCACUCAUUCUUUUGUUUCCUCUUUUCAAUUACCAUGUCGUCCCUUCCUCGUUUCAAACUCUCUUUUCCUACAACUUUUCUUCCUCUCAAAUAUUCUUUCUUCCUCUCUUCCGAUUACCAUGUCUGUCUCUCCACCUAUCAAAAUUCUCACUUCCCACUAAUUUAUCUUCCUCUCACUCAUUCUUUUGUUUCCUCUCUUUCAAUUACCAUGUCGUCCCUUCCUCGUUUCACGACUCUCUUUUCCUUCUACUUUUUCUUCCUCUCAAAUAUUCUUUUCUUCCCUCUCUUCCGAUUACCAUGUCUGUCUCUCCACCUAUCAAAAUUCUCACUUCCUCCUACUUUUUCUUCCUCUCACACAUUCUUUUGUUUCCUCUCUUUCAAUUACCAUGUCGUUCCUUCCUCGUUUCACGACUCUCUUUUCCUUCUACUUUUUCUUCCUCUCAAAUAUUCUUUUCUUCCCUCUCUUCCGAUUACCAUGUCUGUCUCUCCACCAAUCAAAAUUCUCACUUCCUCCUAA